UCUCGCAUCCAAAGAUGUCGCUGUUCAAAGCGAGAGAUUGGUGGGCCACCUAUGCAGGAAGCGACGAAGAAUUCGAUCUUGGAUGCUUGUGUGUGGCAAAUAUCGACAAUAACGGCUUGCAGUUGGAUAAAAUUAUAGUUGGUAGUUUUCAUGGAAUCCUUAGAAUUUAUUGUCCCAAGCCACCUCAUUUUAAACCAGAAGAUCUUAUGUUGGAAGUACAGCUACAACAGCCAAUUUUGCAAGUGGAAGCUGGCAAAUUUGUUUCAGGGGUUGAUCAGUUACACUUAGCUGUUCUUCAUCCAAGAAAACUUGCUGUUUAUAGCGUGUCAGUUGUUUCAGGAGCUGUAGAACAUGGAAAUCACUACACACUUAAGAUGAUGUAUGAACAUAUUUUGGAAAGAACAGCAUAUAAUAUGACAUAUGGCCCUUUCGGAAGUGUCAAAAACAAGGACUUCAUAUGUAUCCAGUCCAUGGAUGGAAUGUUGUCAUUCUUUGAACAAGAGAGUUUUGCCUUUGGGAGAUUUCUCCCAGGUUUUCUUUUACCUGGUCCUCUGAGUUAUGUGCCAAAGACAGAUUCAUUUGUAACCUGUAGCUCAUCAAGGCUGAUUGAAUCUUACAAAUACCAGACUCUUGCUGUGGCAACAGAUGCGAACACAAAAGAAGAUAUUGGAAAUAAAAAAGUUUCAGGAAAGAAGUUAACUAUCGACUGGUCAUCAAAUAUUGGUGAAAGUGCAAUAGACAUAGUUGUUUUCACCAGUGCAAAUGCACCACUAUCAAUUUAUGUUUUAGGUGAACGCUCAUUGUUUUGUCUUAAUGAGAAUGGAUCAGUUAGAUUCAUGAAAAAAUUUGAAUAUAAUCCAAGUUGUUUCAUUCCGUACAAUUCAGUGGUGGAAGAGACAGUUAAUGCUCUGGUAGCCACUUACAACAAGACGCUGAUGAUAUACCAAGACGUUACACUUGCAUGGGCGGCGCAACUACCCCACAUUCCUGUUGCUCUUAAAGUAGCUUCAUUUCAAGAAUUACAAGGUGUAAUAGUGACACUGGACGAAGGAGGUUACCUUCAUUGUGCCUAUCUGGGAACUGAUCCCUCUAUGAUGGUGACACCAGCCCCUGAGGCAAGAGAUAUAAACUAUGAGGAGGCAGAUGUUGAAAUGAAAGAGUUGCAAAAAGAAAUAAGAGAAUCUACAAUUAGUUCAGAAAUUCUACCCAAAGCACAGCAAAGAGAAGACCUUGUUAUCUCUGUAAAUGUACCAACAAGUUUAGACGCAGUAUCGCAAAGUACAAUAGAUGAGGGCGAUGACGAGACAUUCCCAUCGAUUACAGUAACGAUCACUCUCAAGUCACAAGCACCAAGUCCCCUAGAAAAUGUAGUUCUUAGUGUCAUAUCCAGUCCCCCCAUUAUGUGUAACAGAUCAUCCAUUGUCUUCCCUAUUAUCGGAGAUAGAAGUGAACCCGUAUCUGCAGAGAUCUCUUUCUAUUCACGUGGAGGAUCUAUUCCUUGUUCGUUAAAAGCCCAGGUCACGGCAACGUACGUUACAAACUCUGAGGCUCCACGGGUCGCCCAAACAGACAUUCAUUUUCCGUUAGCUGUUGUCUGUAAAGGAUGUCCCCCAGUGAAAAACGCAACUCAUAAGCUUACUUUAGAUACCAACAAACCUCCUGUGAAUCUUGCUGAAAUAUUUCCGGAUAUGGUAAAUGAUGCUGUAAUUCCGAUGGCAGCAGUUGGCAUAAAGUACUUUGGUGGACCGCUUGUUACAAUCCUCGCUUCAAAAACAUCACAAAGAUACAGAAUCCAGUGUGACGUGUUUCAGGGAAUGUGGCUUGUUCUACAUGAGGUUUGCAAGCGGUUAGAGGCGCACUUCAAAAAGAAUAAGGACGCCGUUCAAUUUCGUGCAUCAUUCAUGGGCCCGUUGCCUUUACAGGAAUAUUACGAACUGAUAGAUGCUCAUUUUGAGCAACGCUGUAACCAAACGAAGUACCGCGAGUUGCUAUCACAGCGGGCUCAACAGUUUCGAGCAAUUCAAAGAAGAUUGUUAACAAGGUUCAAAGACAAGACCCCGGCACCUCUUGCGAACCUCGACACUCUUCUUGACGGGACUUACAGACAGCUCCUCGCGCUUGGAGAGGCCGAUGAGGAGUGCGAACGAGCCAUCGAAGCAGCUUCAUAUAAUCUAUCAUGCGGAACACGACUUAUUAAUUUCCUUAUCAAGCUUUGGACCAACAUGUCAGAUAAAGAUUUUGAGGUUCUUCAGACUGCGCUUUCUCCCGAAGUAUCUGAAUCACGGGAACAGGGCUGGGAGGAAAUUACAGAUGCUGCAAUUACGCACCUAUUGCGGACCUGUUUGGCAAAAAGUGCAAAGGAUCAGGCUGUUGGUGUUUCAGCCAUGAAGAUUCCUAAAGAUACAAGCAAGCUAAAGAAACACAUUGCGCUGAUGUGUGACAGGCUCAAUAAGGGCGGCAAGCUGGAUUUAUCUCUAUCAUCGCAAACGGGCGAACCCCUUGUACAGCAGCAACAACAGAAAGCGGUCACACCGCUAGAACCGCUCAGCGAGAUGCAGGAGGAAGAAGAUGAGACAGAUGGUUCAUCCGCAUCCUCCACGUUAGACAGCGACCGUUCGUCUGAGAUCUCCGACACGGAGUCUGUGUCGAGUGGCGGGAAGGUGCCACCUCGAUUACCGCAACUCAAUCACUCACGGAAACCUCCGCCAGAUUUGAACAAGAGACUACUGGUUACUCCCGGAUCUGAUGAAGAAAGUAUGGUGUUGAAAGGAAUUGGUGCUGCGUCCUUGGCGAAUGGUUUACCUGAAGAUCACGAAAGAGCAUUGUAGCGCAAUCACUGGCCUCUGAUGGUCACACAACGCAUGUUGGUCACUCCUGUCAUUGUCACAGCAAGUCCGCUCCACAACAUGUCACACCAACAUGUAUGAUACACACGUGGCAAAACACUCUUUGUACAGUCUCCUUGAGUUUGUCACGCAAAAUUAAACAAGAAGCAAUCU